CCAUCUUGUGGUCAGAUUUUGGCCCAUACAAUACCCCGCCAUUAGGACAUGUUCUCUUUUUUUGUCAUUGAUCGCGCAAUUAAGAAGCUUAAACACAAGAGUAGAUUUAAACCAUAAUCAAAAGUUGAUGAGUAAAUUUGGACUUCUUUUUCUCGCAUAAUUUGGACUCAUAGACACCACCCAUUUCACAUCGGAAGCCCUUACCGGAGAUGAUUUGCUAACAUCAAGGUUAUGAAUGGACCAAAACUUUAAGAGAAGGAAAAAAUUUGAAUUCUGUUUCAAUGCAACAUUAGUGCUGGAAAGCCUUAGAGGGAAGAGGAUGUUAUUCGUUGGCGAUUCCUUGAACAGAGGACAAUUUGUUUCCAUGGUUUGCCUUCUCCAAAGAAUAAUUCCCGAGAAUGCCAAAUCCAUGGAAACUUUUGGUUCCCUCACUGUUUUCACUGCAAAGGAUUACAAUGCAAAAAUUGAGUAUUACUGGGCACCAUUUCUGCUAGAAUCAAAUGCCGAUGAUGCAGUCAUACAUAGGAUUACUGAUAGAAUUGUCCGUAAAGGUUCAAUAAAUAAGCAUGGUAAAAAUUGGAAAGGGGCUGACAUAAUUGUGUUUAACACUUAUCUUUGGUGGAUGACCGGCAUGCCAUUCAAGAUUUUGCAAAAAGGGUCUUUCAAGGAUGAUGUGAAAGAUAUGAUUGAAGUGUCCACAGAGGAUGCAUAUCGCAUGGCAAUGAAGAGUAUGUUGAGAUGGGUGAAGAGGAAUAUGGAUCCAAAGAAAAAUAGAGUAUUUUUCACUAGCAUGUCACCUUCUCAUCAUAAGAGCAUAGAUUGGGGAGGUAAACCUGAUAGGAAUUGUUACAAUGAAACUACAAAGAUAGAGGAUCCAAGUUACUGGGGAUCAGAUAGCAGCAAAAGCGUAAUGCAAGUGAUUGGAGAAGUAUUUAGUAAAUCAGAAGUGCCCAUAAUGUUUCUCAACAUAACGCAGCUAUCGAGUUACAGGAAAGAUGCGCACACAUCAAUUUACAAGAAACAAUGGAAUCCAUUGACACCAGAGCAACUAGCAAACCCUGUUAGCUAUGCUGAUUGUACACAUUGGUGUUUGCCUGGGCUUCAAGAUACUUGGAAUGAACUUUUAUUCGCAAAGUUGUUUUAUCCUUGACACAUUUGAAAAUAUUUUGAAGCCUACUUGUAUUAUACAAUACUAUGUGAAACAGUCUCUGUAAUGUAGAUAUAAUCUUGUGGCUAUAUAACAUGUUUCAGCUA